UAUACACAUUACACAUAUGUAAAUCACAUACAAACACAUGCUUUGUUGCUGCACUGCUUGACAUUUUGUUAACAAACUAUAAAUAAUAAUUAAUUUAUAAUAAUAUCAGUAUCAUUAACAAAAUAAUAAUAAUUGUGUGGUGUGUGUUAUCAAUCAAGCUUAAAAAUUGAUUGUUUAAAAUCAAAAAUAAUUGAAACAAGUAAUAGAAAAAACAUGGGUAGAUCAAGAACACGUAGUAAAUCGCCAAGUAGACGGCGUCAUAAAAGCAAACAUUCACGUAAACGUUCAAAAUCAAGAGAUAAACAUACUAAUAAUAAAUAUAUAGAAAAACCAAAAGAAAGAAGUUCAAAAUCAAGAAAACGUUCACAUUCACCAUCAUUUAGUGCUGAUUCUGAUGUAUCUGAUGAUGUACAUAUUGUUAGUCAUAAAAAACGUUCAUACAGAGAUAGAGAACGUAAAAUGGAUGAGGUUGAACGACUUGCUGAAAUGGAAAGACAAAGGAAAAAGAAAGAAAUAACGAAUAAUAUCCUCACCACAAAUACAAUUCGAAGACAACGUGAAUCUGAACAAAAAUUAGUUGAAGAAGAAACAGCUAAAAGAAUUGAAGAACUUGUACAAAAACGUGUUGAAGAAGAAUUGGAAAAACGUAAAGAUGAAAUUGAAGCUGCUGUUCAUAAACGUGUUGAAGAGGCUAAAAAAGCCAUGGAACGACAAAUGAUGGAAGAAAUGGAAUGGCGCCAAGCUAAAUUACUUGAAGAGGAAAAACGUAGAGAGGAGGAAGAGCGGAAAAAACGUGAGGAACUUGAAAGGAUCAUGGAGGAAAACAACAAGAAAAUCGAAGAAGCACAAAAGAAACUGGCUGAGGAAAGAUUGGCAAUGGUUGAAGAACAACGUCUCAUGGAAGAAGAACGACAAAAAAUGAAAAAAGAACAGGAAAAACGUGUUAAAGAAGAACAAAAAAAAAUACUUGGAAAAAAUAAUUCAAGACCAAAAUUAUCAUUUUCAUUGAAACAACCUGUUACGUGAGUCGUGUGAAAAAAAAAAAAAAAUAAAAAAAAUAGUGUUAUUAUUAUUAUUAAUUAAUUCUUUCUUUUUUUUUUUAUAUAUUUUUUUCUGUGGAUAUUAAUUUUUAUUGUGAUAUAUUGAAGAUGAUGAUAAUGAAGAUGAUUAUGUGAAUCGAGUGAAAUUUAUUUGCGUGACGAUUCAAAAAAAAAAAUAAGGGGAA